AGGGAGCCAGUGCGGAAGGAAAGAGGUCCGUUGAGGUGCGGUGGUUUAGAAUUGUUCCAUAGUUUGACAACGUUUAGGAUCACUUGGUGUUGAUGCCACUUGAUGGUGAGCAGCUCGGAAGGUCGGGGCAAGUUCUUCGUCGUCGGGGGAAUGAUGUGAGCGAGGUUGGGAAUCCGUCGGCGAGGGUCGGGGAAAUGAUGUGAGCGAGGUUGGGAAUCCGUCGGCGAGGUGGGAAUGCAGCAGCGGUACGUGACGUUACGUUCGAGUUGUCUCUUGAGCGGUCGAGUUUGACUUUGACAUCCGAUUCCUGACGCUAUUGGUUGGUGAAUGUUUGACUGCAACCCGAAAGCGGGAAGGAAGGCAAUCAAACGAGAGACGGUUCUGUGCGGGUACGCGACUGUGUUUGCCGUCGUCGUGAGAUCGAUAGAGCCCUCGUAUCGAUUGGUUGGUUGCAUUUUGAAAUAAUAUUUUGUGCGUGUACUUGCUUUGAGCGCGCGAUUCGUAUGGAGAAGACCGUGGAGAUGGCGGGACCGUCGAGGGUCGUUGUUUGCCUGUCAUCGGUAAUGAUGAUAAUGGUGAUUGUAGUGUCGCUGAGCACGUCGGCUUUUGCCAGUGCGGACGGUGAUGGUGCUGCUUUCGAGUCGGGAUAUGGGGCGUCGACCGGCGCUCAGCAUCAUGAGGGGCGGAAAGGAUUUUUCGAGCAUGGAAAGCCGAAAGAGGUGGUGAAGAGUGAGGGGGGCUCUUUGUCUGUGUGGUCGGAAUUUAAGGAAUUAGAAGCGGAGGGUCGGAGCUUCGCGGCUGCCCACUUGAAGCUGGAGGAAAAUGGAUUCCUUCUCCCUGCCUAUCCGGCCUUUCCUCAUGUUCUGUACGCGAUAGAAGGUUCGUCGUACGUUGGUCUGAUGGCUCCUCUUGGCGUCCCCGCGACCAUGACAAGAAUCAGCAAGGGGGAAGUAUUGUCCAUUCCCCGUGGGUGGGUGUUUUGGAUAUGCAAUCACCGUCCCGAGGGUCAGGAGGCAGAACGGUUUGAAGAGCCGAGAGGAGUAGAAAAUGCAUCGUCGCAGUCGUCUUCCCGGACGUUCGAGGCUGUCGUUCUGUCCGGAGAUCCAGAACACGUUUUCAAGACACAGGACCGGUUUCCGUUGGCAGAUGCACCUCGUAAGCAUGGCGCCGAGGGUGAAGAGACGGAGGUGGGUGGCAGCAUUCUCCACGGUUUCAGCAAGGACGUGUUGGCUGCAGUGUGGGACGUUGAUGAAUCUGACGUUGAUAAGCUGCUGAGCUCCCAGAGUGGAAGGGUGAUCGCUAAGAUCUCGAAGCAAGAACACCCUGGGCUUUGGGAGGAGAUGGUAAGCAAGCUAUGGCGGUUGGAAGUUGUGGACACAUUUACUAGUCUGGCUGGCCGGGUAUUGGUCCAUCAUCACGAACGGCACGUGGAGGUCGCUGGAGCUGCUGCCUUACUGGGGGAAUUCGUUUACGAUCUGGAUCAUUCUAGCCCUGUUGUGUCGAACGCGGGAGGGCAAAUGCGGGCCGUCAACAGAAAAUUGCUUCCGGCCCUCGGCAAAUAUGGCUCCGACUUUGCCGUUGCUGUCGUCGAACUGAAGCAGAGCGGGAUGGUGGCUCCUGGAUGGUGUGUGAACGCCGACGAGGUUGUGUAUGUGACCAAGGGUAGUGGAAGAAUUCAGAUUGCCAAUCCCGAUGGAACGAAUGGUCUGGACGCUCACGUGCAACCGGGAUCGCUGAUCGUCAUUCCACGUCUGCAUGCAUCCGUUAAGGCUGCCUCGAAGAAUGAGGGGCUGGAGAUGAUAUCAUUCACAACGUCCGCGCUGCCCUUCUGGUCAGAUCUAGCCGGUCAUAACUCCGUCCUCCACAACAUGCCGGCCGUUGCGGUGAAGGAGGCAUUCAACAUUCCGGAAGACGUGUGGGAGAAGUUCCGCAGCAGUAGCACUGCGAGAUAUUCCAUUAUUCUCCCUGCUCCGGAGUUUGCGAAACAUGAAUAGGUCGCUGCUGCUAAAUGAAGUCAUGAUCAUCAUCAUGGUCAUGGCCAGAGCACGGAAUAUCAAAUUCAAUAGGUCGCCACGGGAAGCGAGUUGUGAUCAUGAUCAUUGUAAAGGUCCGUGGGCACUAGAAUUCUUUUCUUCUUAUCACACGAGGUGACGAGGGGUGUGAAGUCGGGCAGUUUAAAAUGCACGUGUAUCACUGUAAAGGGUGAGGGGUGUGGUGCGGAAUCUGCGGAAUGUGCAGAGGGCAAGGAUCGUCGAUGGCAUGGAAAGUAUCGAUGGCAUGGAAAGUAGUGUCCUCGCUGACAUGGAAAAAAUGUGUAGAAGUUAAGCAGUGUGUGACUCGUGAUGACUCGUGAGUCGUGAUGCAGUACUUGCAGUGAAACUCACCGAGUACAUGACCACUGCCGAGUUGGACCGAGUUGUUGACGAUCGGUUGGUUACGAUCUGCUCUUCUAGCUCGAUCGGUUGGAAGAUCAUGGCAAGAUCCGAGAACUCUUGUCACUCUUGGGACAUUGGGACAAUCAGCCGACGGAUGUAUAUGUGGGAAGAAAAAAAAGUAUAGAUGGAUGAAAUCGAAGAAAUGUAAGAAAAGAAAAAAAAAAUGGAGAAAAUAGAAGAGUAAAGGUGUGGGGGAAUUGGGUAAUGAUAACCAGAGGCGGAGUCCCACAAUGUAGCAGCGUUGAUUUCCUUCUCUCGACGGCUGAAUCUGGAUGUGUUUGUAGGGAUGUGCGGUUGAGGCAACCCAAUGCCAAUUCUGCUUAUCUCCAUGAACACGUCCACAGUCAGGUGAACUCGACGCUGCUAGUGGGACUUGGACUCAGCGGUGAGGAGGAAUGGAGAGCGAUGGAGAUGUGGCAGGAGGACGUAAAUAGGAGAUUGAGGAUAUGUCGAUGUUGUCAUGAAGUUGGUGAAAUUGGUGUAGAGACUGUAGAGACAGUGUAGAUUACCAUUUUGGGGGAAUGGUGAAGAUGAUGUUGGCCUAGAUGUGGUAGGGUGUGUCCAUGAAGUGAGAUAUGAGAACAUGAGGAUAUGGGCCUCGCUAUGAAGGGAGAUGUGAGGAUAUGGGCUUCGCUCCAUUGCACAACAUCAGAGUAUUGUAAACACAUCUGGAACUAGAAAUCCAAACACGUCCAAAAUCUUCUACUGGUUCGAAUGUACUUGGUCCUCUAGCAGUCCAUAUACGUGCAAGAGUGCGAGUGGAAUGAGGCCCUUGCUGAUUGGAAAUCCUGUGACAUAGUGAGAUGUCGUUGAGUAAUACGCGGGAUAUGUGAAAUUGAAGGUUGUGUCGAUGGAAAACAAUUAAAGUUGAACUGGUAGAGUAUUUUGCAAAAUAGCUAGCAUGAAGUCGGCAGGUGUUAGUGAUUUAGUGUAGCUUAGUGAAUUCUCCACGUCUCCAUUGUGAAGUUGUUGUAUCUGGAGUGAUUUAGUGUAGCUUAGUGAAUUCUCCACGUCUCCAUUGUGAAGUUGUUGUAUCUGGAGUCUGGACCAUUUGUGUGACGUUGAUGUGUGUGUGACAUUGUGUUGAUAGGGAAAUCUGUGAAAUAGUUCGAAGUCUGUUGCGCCAUAUUGUUGUGCCGCGUGGACCAUUUGUGUGACAUUCACCAUUUGUGUGACAUUGUGUUGAUAGGGAAAUCUGUGGAAUAUUUUCAAGUCUGUUGCGCCAUGUUGUUGUGCCGCUUCGGAGGAGGAAGAAAUGUGAAAUACGUAGUGUUGUGAAGUCUUCUGGGAAAGAGAAUGAUAGGAUGAGGGCGAUUUUGUAUGGGACACUGUUAGCGACUCUCUGUUAUGAUUGUUGAUGAUGUCACGUCGAUUGUGAGAAGAGAGCAGAUUUGUUGGGCAUACUGUUAGCGAUUCUCUGUUAAGAUUGUUGAUGAUGUCACAGAAAAGAGUCGAUUGAGAGAAGAGAGCGGAUUUGUUGGGGAAACUGUUAGAGACUCUCUGUUAAGAUUGUUGAUGAUGUCAUGUCAAUUGACAGAAAAAACAG